AAUCCGGUUCUUCCUUUCGAUUUCAAAGUUCAACAUGGCGACCUCUAAAAGUCAAGACGAUAUUAGGAGAGCAAAUUAUGCAUCGAUUUUUCUGUCUGCUUCGAUGACAGCAGUAACGCAUCCAAUACAAAUGACUAAAGUGAUGAUUCAGAUUGGGUUUGAACCUGUUGAGCCAACCCCAUACAAGAAUUUGUUUGGAAAACAAAUGUAUAAAUUGCCUGGUCUUUUUACUUAUGCCUCUAUAAUAUAUCAAAGGGAUGGUACACUUGGCUUGUUUCGUGGAGUCACUCCUAGAAUCUUUGCAGCCACUUUGAAUUCUACCAUAAACAAUUCUAUGCUGCAGAUGUUUCAUUCAAAUGACCAAAAUGAUGAUGUGGACCAGACGUCAAAAUCUGAUAUGGACAUUGUAGAAUUUGCGAAGGAGACCUGUUAUCAAUCAAUAUCCCGUGCAACCUCAACAAUCGUCACUUAUCCCUUCCAAGUUGUGUCGAUACGAAUGAUUGCCCAAUUCGUAGGGAAAGAAACAAAAUACACUGGUAUAAUUCAGUCAGUUCGUGAGAUAUACAGCGAGGAAGGCAUAUCUGGUUUAUUUGCUGGUCUUCUUCCUCAUCUAAUUGGAGAUCUUGUCACAUUGUGGAUUUUCCGUGGGUUGACAUAUUGCGUCAAUAGAGCCGUUAGCUCUGAGAUUGGUGAUUUCAAAGAUCUUAAAGUCUACACACAGCAAGCCUCUCAUAUCAUUGUUAGUUCCAUGACAUAUCCAUUUGUCCUGGUGGCAAAUCUUAUGGCUGUUAACAAAUGCAGAUUUGAAGGAACUAGCAAACUACCGACAUUUGAUGGCUGGACAGAUUGUUGGGGCACCCUUAGAAAACAUCAUUUGUUAUGGCGAGGUUCGAGCAUAUUCCGUCGAACAUCAAAUACCAACAUAGCGGGACCUUUGACGUUGCGAAAGAGCCUGUGAUAUGCCCCGGUAUCCAUGUUUACCCUACAAUGAUCCUGUUCCACACUCCCCAUAGAGACAGUCUAUAGCGGUACUUUAACUAUAAACGUGUACUAAUAUAUAUUGUAAGAUUGUGAAAAUUGGAAGACAAUGCAUACAGGUGACAAUUGCUUUGCUGGUGGAAGAGGUUUGUGGAAAAUAAUUGAAAUUACAGCGUGCUUUGUUUGUAAA